GUGGCUCUCUGGUUCUGGAAGUGGAAGGAGUUGAGUCUCCUCAGUCACCCGCCGGCGCCGCCUCCUCUCCGCUCCGCUGCGGAGGACAGAGGACAGACUCACAGCGGAAACUUCUGCAAGGGGACACGGGAAGGGCUACAGAGAGGAGUCCGAACCCACCACUGCUACUGUGCCCCUUGGGAGAUCCGUCCAGGCCUUUUCUACUUCUAUGAGGACUUGUCCAGGAUCUAUCACCACUCGCUGAUCAACACACUGUAGAAGCUACUAUGUUUGUCUGAACUCACGAUCUUCCUGCAGCCAUGGCCCAACAGAGCGCUGAGCUGUCCCACUGCUAGGCGACGGGGCAUCCGAGAGGGCAGAAGACAUGUUGGGACAGAGGCCCGGGGACCACUGCACUGAAUUCUGUUACUAUAGCAACUACUGUAGUAACCAUGGAAACGCUAUGGAGGACUGGUCUGGUCUGCACUGUCAUCGUCGUCAUGGUUGCCACCGAGGUCGAAGGAGGUCACCGAGAUGAGUUCGCUCAGUCACAAGCUGCCUUCCUGUCCAGUCUAGGCCAGUAUGAGAUUGCCAUCCCAGUACGCGUAGGACCUAAUGGUGAGACGCUGGAUGCAGAAACGCCUCAACGCCACCGAAGAAGAAGACGCAGCACUGAAGACAGGCUGCCUGACUCUCUCUUCUACCAGCUGUCCACGUCACGUAACAACUUCCUGCUGAACCUAACGCUGCAGGGAGGCCUGCUGUCCCGGCAGUUCAGGGUGGAGUACUGGAAGAGAGGUCGAUUAGCCUGGAGUCAUCCUUACUCUCCCCACUGCCACUAUGUAGGACACCUCCAAGACCAGCCGCACUCCAGCAAAGUGGCCCUGAGCAACUGUAAUGGCCUGCAGGGGGUGAUUGUUGCAGGGGGAGAGGAGUACCUGAUUGAACCCCUUGUCUCACCAGAUAACCAGACCAGGACGGAGAGGGGGGAGAGAGCAGAGGGGCGCCCCCAUGUGGUUUACAAGCGGUCAUCGCUCCGCCAUCAGUACAAGGGCCAAUCCUGUGGAGUCAUUGACGAGAAGCCGAUGAAAGGCGCGUCAUGGUGGCAGCGAACUCUGAAGACGCCUCCCCAUCACGUCGGUCGCGGCCAGCUGCCUCUGAAGCGCUCAGUUAGCCGGGAGCGCUACGUAGAGACGCUGGUGGUGGCCGACAAGAUGAUGGUGGGUUACCAUGGUCGCAGAGACAUCGAGCAGUACAUCCUGGCUGUCAUGAAUAUUGUUGCCAAACUGUUCCAGGAUUCUAGCCUGGGGAAUGCAGUCAACAUUGUGGUGACACGGCUCAUCCUGCUCAUGGAAGACCAACCAACACUAGAGAUCAACCACCAUGCAGGGAAGUCUUUAGACAGCUUCUGUAAGUGGCAGAAAACCAUCCAGCACCGGAGCAGCUACGGUAACGCCAUACCAGACAACGGCAUCGCUCACCAUGACACUGCUGUACUUAUCACCAGGUACGAUAUCUGCAUCCAAAAAAACAAGCCCUGUGAAACCCUAGGUUUGGCUCCUGUAGGAGGGAUGUGCGAACCAGAGAGGAGCUGUAGCAUCAAUGAGGACAUCGGCCUGGGAACAGCCUUCACCAUCGCACAUGAGAUAGGACACACGUUUGGGAUGAACCAUGACGGUAUGGGGAACGCCUGUGGGCCCCGCAGCCAGGAGACCGCCAAGCUGAUGGCUGACCACAUCACCAUGAAGACAAACCCAUUCAUCUGGUCUGCCUGUAGCCGGGAUUACAUCACCAGCUUCCUAGACUCAGGUAUGGGCUCCUGUCUGAACAACGUCCCCCCCAAGCAGGAGUUUGUGUACCCUACCACAGCACCGGGUCAGGCCUACGACGCAGAUGAACAGUGCCGCUUCCAGUACGGCGUCAGAUCUCGACAAUGUAAAUAUGCGGAAGUCUGCAGUGAGCUUUGGUGCAUGAGCAAGAGCAACCGCUGCAUCACCAGCAGCAUUCCCGCUGCAGAGGGAACCAUCUGUCAGACCAACACCAUAGAGAAAGGGUGGUGCUACAAGAGGGUGUGUGUGGUGUAUGGGACUCGUCCGGAGGGCGUGGACGGGGGCUGGGGUCUGUGGUCACCUUGGGAGGAGUGCAGCAGAACCUGUGGAGGAGGAGUCUCCUCUUCUAUUAGACACUGUGACAGCCCCAGGCCAACCAUUGGUGGAAAGUAUUGUCUGGGGGAGAGAAAGCGCUUCAGGUCCUGCAAUAUUGAUGAGUGCCCUGCAAGCUCUCGGGAUUUCCGGGAGAUUCAGUGCUCUGAUUUUGACAGCGUUCCUUUCCGGGGGAAAUUUUACACCUGGAAGCCAUAUAGAGGGGGUGGGGUGAAGCCCUGUUCUCUCAACUGCCUGGCAGAAGGAUACAACUUCUACACAGAGCGUGCUCCAGCUGUGGUGGACGGCACACCUUGCCGAGACGACUCUCUGGAUGUGUGUGUAAACGGAGAGUGUAAGCACGUAGGCUGUGAUCGUGUCCUCGGCUCGGACGUUCGUGAGGACCGCUGCCGGAUCUGCGGGGGUGAUGGGAGCAGCUGUGUGUCUGUGGAGGGACUCUUCAACGACUCGCUGCCCGAAGGAGGUUAUGAAGAGGUGGUCAGAAUUCCUAAAGGAUCAGUGUUCAUCCACAUACAAGAACUCAACAUCUCCCUCAACUACCUUGUGCUGAAGAGUAAAGGGGACCAGUACUUUAUCAAUGGGAAGCUGACCAUUGACACGCCGCGCAGGUUCGAUAUUGCCGGUACCACCUUCCACUACAGGCGGCCCACUGACGGACCAGAAACUCUUGAAGCUCUGGGGCCAACAAACAUAACCCUGAUUGUCAUGGUGCUGGUGAGGGAGGAGAGCCCAGGGAUCCACUAUCGUUUCAACCCCCCACAGAACAGGGAUCCUCUGAGUGGCUUUGCCUGGCACUACAUCUCCUGGUCCCGCUGCUCAGCUCUCUGUGCUGGAGGUGCGCAGAUCCAGCAGGUGGUGUGUAAGAAGCAGACAGAUCAUUCAGUCGUCUACAACCACUUCUGUGACAAGAAGAACAAACCCAAAGAGAAGAGAAGAUCCUGCAAUACUGAGCCGUGCUCCCCAAGCUGGUGGACAGGAGAGUGGUCGGAGUGCAGCCGCAGCUGUAAUGGAGGCCUGCGGACACGGGAGGUGUUAUGUAAAAGGAGGAUCUCAGCAACAGAGGAGAAGGUCCUGGAUGACUCAGCCUGUACCCCCCUACGCCCUUCUCUCACUGAGCCCUGCAGCAACCACAGCUGCCCCCCUGAAUGGCUGGCCCUGGACUGGUCGGAGUGUACGCCCAGCUGUGGUCCUGGCUACAGGCACCGUGUGGUCUUGUGUAAGAGCGGGGAGAGCGGUGACACGCUUCCAGAGUCCAAGUGCCCCAAACAUGGCCGACCCACCUCCAGGGUGCGCUGUAACCUGCAGCGCUGCCCUCCACCUCACUGGGUGACGGGUCCCUGGGGAGAGUGUUCUGCCAAGUGUGGUCUGGGUCAGGAGAUGCGUUCAGUGCAGUGUCUGACCAACACCGGCCAGCCGUCCAAUGAGUGUCUGGAACAUCAGCGGCCAGCAGCCAUGCAGCAGUGCAAGAGCAAAUGUGACCUCAGUCUGCCCGUCAGUACAGACAACCCCGAAGAGUGUAAAGAUGUGAACACUGUGGCCUACUGCCCCCUGGUGCUCAGGUUCAAGUUCUGCAGCCGGCCAUAUUUCAGGCAAAUGUGCUGCAAGACCUGCCAGGGACACUGACCUGGACACCACGAAACUCAACAGCAUCCAUCUUUGGGUCCUGUACACACUGACAGUAAGCCUGAAAACCCUCCCACUGAGCCUUGUAACAGCAGCCCUCACACUACCUCUAUAAGAGGAGUGCGAGAUCUAACUAGGACGUUGUCGGACUGACACCUGGUCCUGUAACUGUUAAGAGGGACCCUUUUCCAGCCAGAAUCCAGCCCAAACCAGAAGCCUCUCCGGGCCGAGCUGAGUUAUACAUUCCACUGGAGGGAGGGCUGGUGAAACCUGGAGAGACAGAGAGAGGGAGAGAGUAACAUCCCUCCAUCGUCUUUUAGGAUAAACCCUCUCUCUCGGUCUUUCUAAACAAUCCUUCUGUUGUAAUAUUUUUGGUGCUACUAUAUUUCACUUUGGCCGCAGGGCUGGUCGCAGUACUAUCUUAAACCUGUGUUAACAGGUGAUAUUUGUUUAGUUAUGAAUUUAAAAAAUCCACUUUGUAAAGAAAAUAAAUGAUUUUCCAGAUAUCUUUGCCCAUGAAAAGGAAUAUCUUAUGCUAUAAAAAUGAAAGAUUUGUUUCUAUGUUAUCUAAUAGUUGUUACUUGACCACAUUGUUUUACGCCAUUGCUUUGUUCCGUAUCAACUUAUUCAUCGAGUCCUUGCUGUUAUUCGGCUGAAGUAUGAGCAGAGUUUGAUUUGCACAACGUGUCAGCAGUCAGAGGACUUGUGUAUUUUAUGUUUGUUUUGAUGUGAUUUGACUUGAUGUCUCUGUGGAAGCUAUAAAAGUCUCACUGCAGUGAACCUGCCAUAGUCUUGCCAUUUUGGUUAGUUUGCUUAAAUGUUAUCACCUCUACAGUAAAACACAUAGAGACACUGUCUUAGUAAUGUGAGCAAAGCCAGUGCUGACUCUCCAGGACAUUUGCAGAUUAUAGGAUGUUAUUUUGUGGCUGCGGACUGUGGCAGCUUGUGCAUAAAGUCUUCAAAAAGGAACUUUUAACAGCUCGGCUAAGUGUCGUUAUCUGAAAAUCCCUCGGCGUGGGGCCUUGCUGUUCAUUUUAUUAUUAUUAUUUUGGUUUAUUUUUGCCACAUUUUACCACUCAUUCAACAGUGCUAGUAACUUUUACUGUGAGUGGAAAUUCAGAGCACAGUGACACACAGUGAGUUAGCUCUGCCAGCAGGAACAGGUCCAGUGAGGAGGAGUGAAGACCUCUGACCGCACUGCUUUCAAAGAGCAUUUUAUAGCAGCAGUGCUAAUCUGAGGAUGGAUUUACACACCCAUAAAAUAUCUGAUUUCUUUGUGGCACAGAUCUGAUGUAUUCAUGGCUGUCUGAGACCAUCAUUCAGGCUGCUGUGAAAAGAUUUCUGCCACAAUAUUUAAAUUGGAGCUAAAUUAAACUUCCAGUGUGAUUAUAUUAAACCUGCAAUAACUGAUUUUGUUUUGGGCCACAUGACACAUCACUGACAUAUCCUUUUAAAUUGAUAUGGCAAAAUCGUUAGCAAACAGUUGCUUAUUUACACAUCCAGCAGUUACAGAGCAACAUUAUCAUUCAUUUGAAGUCGUGUUUCCGGCCACUUGAUGAAUGUAAGUCCAAUAUU